AUGGGCGUGAAACAUUGUGUCGCGCAGUGUCAUGAAAUGAAUACGCUACGACAGGACCCACCGCCUCAAUUACCACCGGAUAGGGUAGAUAUGCACAAGGUCUGGGUCACAAAGCAAGGACCUUAUUUUAGUAAAAUGUACGAGGUGAUAUAG